CCUGAGGACCAAUGUACUUUACUAAAUACCUUGCUAUGACUGCAACAAACAUGACAACGGCCAGACCAUUAGGACCUAGCCACCAGGGUAUGUAAACGCCAGCUAGCAGAAAAAGACACUUUCCCUACACUCGCACAAUGAAGGCCGUCAAUUUAACUGGGAUAACGCAACCGUCCUUGCUCAAUCCAAACUUAAACACACGUGGGAAUUCCGAGAGGCCUGUUUUUCGCCCUGUAAUGCAAUGAACAAACAUGUGGAAUUAGACCCCACGUACAAACCGUGUAGAACACAGCCGGAAAUGACACAACCCAAUUUAACAGACCGGAUCAUAUAAAUUCCAAGGUGAGCGGAACAACGCCUCAUCAGAAGCUGUACCGAUGAUGUUACCCAGCAUGGUGCUGAAACAUUUGUACGAUUACCAGCCAGCUCAGUCUGGUACAAGAUGGAUUCACACAGGCUCCCUAUUACAAAUGCCUCGUGGCAGAAGUCCCAGCGGAUCAAGCCUGUCGAGCUACGUGGCCUGGAAGGGCAGGGCGGUUUAUUUGGAAGAUCUCUAUGUGAUGGAAGAGCUUCGAGGUCAAGGAAUCGGGAGUGCGUUCCUGCGCGUAGUGGCUGAGAUUGCAUUACAGAACAAAUGCUCCCUGUUGAACUUUGUCGUCCUGAGUGCAAACUUUCCAGGCAUUGACUUCUACCAGGCGAAGGGGGCUGUUGAUCUGACCAAGUUGGAAGGGUGUCAUCUCUUCAGGUUCGAGCAGGAACAGUUGGCAAAGCUGGCAGCCGGAAAGGGGCAGAACGUCACGGCCCCUCCCUCUCAGUAAGCACGGAGAAUGGAGGGAAUUGCCCGCCAGCUGGAGAAUUCCCAGCCUCACCAUGGAGAGUGGGGAAUCCCUAUGUAAACAUGUCACACUGCAAUCAGAGCCUCCUGCCAGCGUGAGGCGCUACAGGAGAAUGACCACGUGAUCUGCUGUCACCCAGUCAUCAGAGAGAAUCUAUCACUGAAUAACUGAGGUGUCGUCUCAAUCCUUCACAUCCUCAAUAACCCAUUCGUUGGCGUUACUGCCCACUUUUGUGUCGGAUUAAUUGUGCUGAUCUCAAAAGUGUCAAUUAAACUUAUUAUGUCUUCAAAGUUG